CCAGCCCGCUAGGUGGCGGCCAAGUGUUUUUAUGUUGUCUGGAGAACCUCUGGAGAACUGACGUGGCUCUUUCCUCUUUGGUUCUGCAGUAGGAGCAAGCAAGCAACGACUCAACAAAAUGGAGCUGGAGGCCAUGACCAGAUACACCAGUCCGGUGAACCCAGCAGUCUUCCCCCACCUCACUGUGGUCCUACUGGCUAUCGGCAUGUUCUUCACUGCGUGGUUCUUUGUCUACGAGGUAACGUCCACUAAAUACACCAGAGACGUAUUCAAAGAGCUGCUCAUCUCCCUGGUGGCGUCUCUCUUCAUGGGCUUCGGUGUGCUGUUUCUGUUACUGUGGGUCGGCAUCUAUGUCUGACGGAUUGUUAUAUCCAUACAGAAGAACAUUCCAGUGGAACAGGAGAAGGACAGGAAAUGGGCUCCACUACAAGAUGGUUAUGGAUUGGAUUGCACUGACAAGACAGUGGGGGGGGGGCUGUGGAUCACUGACGGGGGGGACGGCUGUGGAUUGGGGUGACCUUUCAAUAAAGAAAAAAAAGCCAUUUGUACAAAAACUGCAUAGUAUUUUUUUUUCUGGUGAAAUUUUUUGACAAUUCUUCUUGACUUGCUGUUUAAAAAAAUAAAAAAUAAAAAUGG